GAGAGCGGUUAACCUACAUUAUUAGUAAUCGUACAUUACAUACGUGAUAAUCCUGACCGUAGGAUCAAGGGAUUAAAAGCGUGAUUAAAUAAUUGUUUAAAUGUCUGUCUAAAACGUAAUUAUGUGAACCAAAGGUUAAAAUGGUCAAUUUCCUAUACCUAAAUACCCGGCUAAAUCUCAGUAUCUAAUCAAAAAACCAUAUUUGAUAAUCAAAAAUUUCGGUGACUUUCAAACGAUUCCGACCGACGGAGAAAGACGAUUAACAACGGUGAACAACCAACGACCAUCGAUUUCACUUGAGAAUGACGAAUACGGCAUUAAGAGAAGCUAAAAGAGAAAGACGGAGCAAGAAAAGAAAUGAUCCGGUGAAGCCGGUGCACAUUAGCGGCAUAACUACAGGGGUUGCUGAUGAUGAUGAUGAUUUUGAGCCCCCGAUUCAGUCGAUAAUGACAAAGCAACCUCAGAAAUUAAAGGUUAAUAAAAAGCAUACAAAAUUAAGUCUACAAGAUGAUGAUGAUGCCUUUGAAGUACCUAUUAGAGACUUGAUAGUCAAAAGGGGUGAAAACACAAGAAAAAGGCCAAAUACUACAACUAACCAAGAUGGUGAUGACUUUGAGCCAGUAAAAAAGAAACAAUCGAAAAACGAAAAGCAGAUGGAUCCUAUCGAGGGGAAACGGAAGAUUACCGAUGCAGAACCUAUUAGGACAGAACCAAGACCGUACUAUGAUUAUCAUCAUGAUGUAAUAAGCCUACGGUGCAGUCCUUCAGGUUUUAUGGAUACAGUUAAGCACUUUACUGAAGCGCAGGUGGCGGAUGUGAAGAGCAUUGGAUUUGGUGAGGUCCUUAAUAUAAAGCUUUAUCAUAUAAGCACACGUUUAGGGUAUUGGCUCGUACGAAACUAUGACGAGCAAUACAGCACACUAAACAUAGGAAAUCACAAGAUAGAAAUCACCCGAGAUUCAGUACAUGACGUGUUUGGUAUUCCAAAGGGUAAUGUUAUUGUACGAGAAAAAAAUAAGCCUAGGAAAGGAGCAAUAGUGAAGAAAAAUACGGCUACUCAAGGCGCAGAAACAACCAUAGAUGAGUUCAAAAACCAGUGGCCAGACACAAACAAAAUUACUCAUACUUUACUUGCAAGAACUAUGUCAAAGCAAACCACUGGCGGACGAUUAUUCAAGCUAAAUUUCCUAGCCUACUGGAACACUUUGUUUGUAGAGAUAACAAAGUCAACAACUGUUAAACAAAGUUUUCUACUUGCAAUUGACAAAGAGGAAGACAUUCCAAAUCUGGAUUGGUGCUCCUUCGUUUUAGAAUCGCUGAAACGAACAAGACAAGGUUGGAAAAAGUUAGACUCACAAUACAAUGGCCCGGUUGCAUUCCUAACGCUUCUAUACAGCCAUUAUUUCAACAAAAGACACAAAAUUUUCGAUGAAGCUGUCAAAAUGCCUGUCAUACAGUAUGUAACCUCUGGUAUGAUCGACGACGUGGAAGAAUAUUUAUACAACAACGGGCCGCUAAAUGUUGAAGAUUGUGAUGAAGUGGAGAAAGACGAAGGAGCAAAUGAUAAUCGCCAGGAUCAACAACAUGUUACUGCCUCACGCAUCAAUGGCGAUGAUCAUCAAAAUCAAGAGUCUACGACCGCACCAUUCGAAAUCGUAAAACAGAACACUUCGACGCUGUACACUGACCUUUUCGCUGACAACAUCCCGAUACACGAGGCAGCUGCGGUACAAGAAAACCUCACCGAAUUCAAUACAUUAGAUCAGCGUAUGGAAGAUACGGAUGAGUACAUAAUACCACCAGUGGAUACGACACAUGUCUACAACAGAAGAAACCUGGCUGGAAACCUGGAUGGGGAAGAUCCGAUUGACGAAGGUGACAUACCAUCAAAUACGGAUUGGUUUGAUGGGUGGAAUCCGAAUGAACAUAUUUCAGCUUUGAAUUUAGAUGAAAUGGACAUAGGGACACAAACGCAAAAAGAGAUUGACUACUGCAGCACUCCGGUUCAACUAACCGGGGUGAUCUAUGAUCAUGCUGCGUGGGAAGCCUCGAAAAAAAGUAAAAAGGUGUUGUUGAAAACAAUGGACAAUAAUAUAAAGAAAUACAUUUCUCUGGUUUCGGAUAUGAAUAAUCUCGUUAAGGGGGUAAAGGAGAAGUUUUUCUGGGAUGUUGAAAUUAUGGAAAGGUGUAAAAAAUGGAAUGAUGCGGUUAAAAAUACAGUUUCUAAAAAUACAGUUUCGAUACCUGAUGACGUAAGCUCUGCUGGUGAUGAGGUGGUUCAAAACAAAGUUGGACAGGGUGGCGAAACAAAUCAAGAGUUAGAGGGCGAUGGAGAUGCAAGGUUGGAACAUGAAAACACAGGGAAAGAUAAAGGAUGUGAUGAUGUUCAUAAUACCCCAUUUGAUGAUGGUGGUAUUUCGGACUCAUGCCUGGCUGCCUUACAAACCAUCGAACCAGGCGUAUACAGACAGACUACAGAAGUGGCACAAGCAGAUGUGGUAAACAACAUGGACCAACCUGUAAAUUUGGCAGAGUGCAGUCAGCAACAAGCACAUAAACAGAAUACAAUAACCGACGCCUAUGAUAAAGAAAAGCCUCCGACAACAUCAGCUGAUGAACCUGAUGAAGUGACCGAAGCAGAAAUGCAGUCGGUUGAGACACUUUUAAAAUUGGCUCCAAUCCUACAAACAUCAAGUGCAAGUAAUCAAAAGACUCCUGUGUCAGCGAACACAAAUAAAACGGAUGACGAGAGGCAUACACACCUAGUGAGAACGCGUAUCAACAUGAUCAGGGAAAAGAACGAAAAGCGGAUGGCAGAACUAGGUGACGCAUACAGAUCACCUUACUGCAACAGGGUAACCGACUUAUAUGAGCCACUUUUGGGACGUGACCAAACAAUCAUCUGUUAUCUCUUAGCUCCGGUGGGAGAUAUUGGGACAUUGAUAUACAAGUCUGACAGUGGAGUCGAAACGCUAAAAAUCAUAUUUGAAACCUUCCACCCAUCGCAAUACAUAUCAUAUGGUGGAAUGGACGCAUUUGUAGAUGUUUUAAACUUUGAAGAGAAAAAAAGGGACAAAAAAUCAUCACCCUACAGGCUGUUCUUGCCAACUACAAUAUUGCAAGACGAAAUGUUUGAGCCAAAAAUCACAGAUAGUGAUCGAUUGAAAGUAUUCGGACCAAGCGUAGACGAUAUAUUGUGUAAGUAUCAGGUGAAGAAAGUUGACAAAGUUGAUCUCAUCUUCAUUCCAGUACUACUUUCUGAUCAUUACUGGUGCCUAUGCUUUAACAUGAAAAAUGGAGAUAUCGAGUUAAUAGAUAACUCUAGGUAUGCCGAAUCGUUUACCAAACGCUACCGUGGACGCCCCGAAAAGCUGCGGAGAGUUCUAAUACUAUACCUAAAAGGCAAAAUUGGACAAAAAGAGUGGAUAACAAAGUUGGAAAAGGCAAAAAUAAUUCGAAAGGAAAUGGAUUGGAGAACUCUUCAAAACGGUUGUGACUGUGGUGUCUUCACUAUGAGACAUAUGGAGACAUACAAGGGCAAAUCUCCAUGGAAUGCAGGGUUUAAAACGGAAGACCAAAAGAAGAUGCAAGAUUCACAACUACGGUUUUUGCGGUACAGGUAUCUUAGUAAGAUUGUAUUGUCCGACUACAAUCUUAUAAGGAAAGAGGUAUACGACAAAGCUACGGACUUUAUGAAGAAUUCGAUACCCGCAGAUGCUUUGCACGAUCUAGAUAGCAAAAUAAGUAACAGAUUGGAUCAGUUCUUCAACCUCAAAAAGGGGAAACAAAAUGAAAAGUCGUAG